AUGAGAACACACUCAACAAUAUGUGUUUUAUUGUACAUUUUCCUGGGCUCUUUAUCUGUUGUCACAGCAUGUGGAAAUAUUCUUGUAAUAAUCUCCAUCAUCUACUUCAGGCAACUCCACACACCUUCUAACUACCUUAUUUUCUCACUGGCUGUGGUUGACCUGCUUGUGGGAAUUGUAGUCUUUCCGUUCAGCAUGUCAUAUCCUCUCAGCUCUUGUCUGUAUUACAGAGACUUAUUCUGCAAAAUACGGGACAGUUUUGAUGUUGUACUGAGCACAACUUCCAUUUUUACUUUAUGUUGUAUUUCUGUUGACAGAUACUAUGCAGUGUGUCAGCCGCUGACAUACAGGACUAAGAUAAGCUUUCAAGUUGUUUCAGUCAUGAUCCUGAUGAGCUGGGGUGUUUCUAUUUUUAUUGCUGUUGGCUUUGUUAUUACAGAGUUAAAUCAGAAAAAAUGUGAACAAAACUGUUAUUUAGAUGAUGUGCUUGAAAAGAUUAUGGCACCUGUUUUUUCUUUUUAUCUGCCCAUCAUCAUAAUGCUGUACAUCUACCUGAGGAUUUUCCUUGUUGCACAGAGACAGGCUCGCAGCAUCCAGAACAUAAUGAAUUCUGGAGUCACUGUCAGCAAUGGGGAAAGGAAGGCCACCAGGACUCUGGCUAUUGUCAUGGGAGUUUUUCUCAUCUGUUGGCUGCCGUUUUUUCUUUGCUUUUCGCUGCAGCUAACAGGUCGUGUGACAAUGCAGGUGUAUGAAACACUUAACUGGUUUACUCUGUCUAAUUCAAUGCUCAACCCAUUCAUUUAUGCUUUCUUUUACAGCCGGUUCAGGUCAGCUUUCAGAAUGAUCAUUUCUGGAAACAUUUUUCAAGGAGACUUUUCUAACUCUAAACUUCUUUGA